CUUUGAGGAAAAUUGCCUGUGAACUAUAACAAAUAGGCACAACUGCACACUUGUUAUAAAGUUAAAUUGCCUUGUUUUAUUAUCUUGGAAAGCAAAAAGUUCCUUCUUGCUAAAUGUUAGUUUUUAAAAAUUUCCCCAUAUAUUAGAUAUGUGUAUAUAUUUUGUUAAAUAUAAAUGUUCUAUAGAAUAAUCAUUUUCAAAUGAAUUCUUAUUUUAAGUUCACAAAAAGCCAUUACAAGAAAUGGAAAUAGCAGCAAUUACACAUGGUGCUCUCCAGGGAUUAGCCUACUUACAUUCUCAUGCCAUGAUCCAUAGAGAUAUCAAAGCAGCAAAUAUCCUUCUGACAGAACAAGGCCAGGUGAAACUUGCUGACUUUGGAUUGGCUUCCAUGGUCUCUCCUGCCAGUUCUUUUGCGGGAACGCCGUAUUGGAUGGCCCCAGAAGUAAUUUUAGCCAAGGUUGAAGAACAACAAUAUGGUACCGAAGCAGAUGUAUGGUCUCUUGGUAUAACAUGUAUUGAACUAGGUAAGCAUUGCUCUUUAUUACUGUGUAGUAAGUUUUGAUCAAUGUUUUACCUCAAUUUCUGUACAAAAUUACAGAUUUUUAUUUUUAUGUCAGUGUUUAAGGGGAGCAAUACAUCUAUUAAAGUUGUCACUUUGGUUAUUUGGCAAUUUAUAUAUACAAAUAUUAGCCUAGGUGUAUUAGAUUUGCUGUAUUAAAUUAGGUCUAAAAUAGUUUAUAAUGUGGUAUUAAUUUUGAGGUAUCUGUGUCUAACAUUUAAUGAGUAUGGUUAUAGAUUUACCAUGUAUGAAGGGUCUCUAAAGCAUUCAUGAAUUACUUACUGCCAGUUAAGAUACUUAAUACUUUGUGUUAAGGAUAAGGAUUAGAUUAUCAGGCUGCAUACCUUAUUGUACAGUUUGAUUUUAUGCACAUAUUUUAUUCUGUUGCCUUAAGUGGAACUAUGCUUAAGACAGUGGACCAUCAAAACAUUGCUAAUACUCCCCUCGUAAGGGAGCCACGGUGGGUAAUUGAACUGUCACUAUAAUUGAAGCUGAUGGCCAUCUUCUUGCUCUUGAUUCCCUGCACCAGUCCACAGUGCCUUCCCAUUUUUUAAAGCUUUAUUUAAUAGUAGGAAAUACUGGGAAUAUUUAAUUGAACCAUUCUAGGAGCGACCAAAGAUAAAAAAUAACAAGUUAAAAGUAAAAUCCAUGUGUCAUUUGGAUAAGUCAUCAACCUGGGUUUGUCAGUUGUAAAGAAAAAGCAGAAAGGGAAAUUGAGGUAAAAUAAAAGUAAAAACUUGCUUAUCAUUAGACAAUAAGUACUAUAAUUUCCAUUAUAACCAGGCUGUUUCUUUCUUGCAAUCUAAUAUUUUUCCAAAAUAAUAUAACCUUUAGAUUUUUUCACUUUUGUUAGGAUUCCUACAUUAAUCAUUCCCUUCAAGCUCUGUAUCAUCAUAUAUAUUUUAAAGCUUGACAUCAGCAAAGAGAGAUUUGGAGAUUACCAUGUCAUCCCCUUCUGAUAUUUUGGUCUCAAUUUGAGGUUUUCAAAGUGUUACUUCCAUUUGAAAAUGUCUCUAGGUAUCUUAAACUCUUGUUCUUUUACUCCUGAUUCUUCUUCCUAGCAGUACAUCCUAAUUAAUUUCUUAGGAAACUUGGGUGUAAAUGUACAGAAGCUGGUUAAUAUACUCUGGCUAUGCGGUAUUUUUAUGGGGUAUGUGGUUGAUGCAUAUAUGUGCCCCUUUGGAUAGU